UGAUGGAUUUUUUAGAUCCAGAUGAUUUCAUUUACUCUUCACUGAAAGCUAGAUCCUCCCAAACCUCCACAUCAGGAGUUUCAUCCCUAUCAGAUUUGAGCCCCUUACUACAAGACUGCAAAAGAGACGGAGUGUUUGUAAAAGGGGAUCUCAGUUUUACCUCUAGUUCUGGAGUUUCUCUCCGGUCCCGAUCAUUUCACUCACUGUCUGAGGAGAUGAGGUUGAAAAAACGAAAAUGUGUUGGAGCAAAUGACUCUAAAGAUAUCGACAACAACAGUCUCAACACUGUGAAAAUAACAUUCUCUGAUUACGACUCUAACUCAGAAAAGUCAUGGUCUUCCCAACGAGAAGAGAUGGACUACUUUCCCGGUAACACAGCCAGUCUAAAGAAAGACGACCAAUCAAUAGAAUCAGAGUUCGACAACAAACCCAAAGUAGUUGACUUUGGAAGGGAUAUUGUGCGAGUCAAUGUCUGUGGCCAAGAACACUUCAUACAUUCCACCCUACUCUCCAAGUAUCCGCACACACUCCUCGGCUCAACUGAAAGAGAGCGCUACUUCAGAGCAGACCUCAACUCUUACUACUUUGACAGGAACAGACACGCGUUUGAUGCGGUUAUGGGAUAUUACUUGUCAGGGGGUGUAUUCAUGUAUCCUUCUAAGCUGAACAGAGAAGUUGUUCACAGAGAGAUGUCUUUUUACAAAAUACCAAUAUACGAUGAACAGGAAGUCACUGCUGUCAAAAUGCCUGUUCCAACUAAUUUCAAAGAAAAGGCACACAUGUUGCUGAAUUAUCCUAAAUACAGUAACCUGGCAACCGCUUUGUCAGUGUGCGACUGUGUUCUUAUUUUCAUCGCUGUGGCUAUGCUUAUUUUGGAGACAGAACCUCAGUUUAAAAAUCAUUUUGAAGUAACGUCGGACCCACUUUACAACUACCUGUUUGGACUCAACUCUGUUAUAAUGCUCUAUUUUACUGUUGACUAUCUCCUACGCCUAUUUACGCACCCCACAAAAAAACAGUUCUUCAAGAUGUUCCUACCGUGGCUGGACAUGCUGUCUAUCCUUCCUUUCUACGUGGAGGUCAUCAUGAUGGCUUUUUCUACAAACCAACGAACUAAUGCAGAAGAUGAGAAAAGUAACAGUGGUCUAGUGGUUCUGAGACUGUGCAGAAUAUUCCGUGUAACCAGAGUUUUCAAAUUUGCAAGAAGAUCCGAGAAUCUCUUAAUAUUACUGAAAGCAGUUGGGAAUACUUACAAAGAACUAAUCUUGUUAUCAGGUGUAGUAUCACUAGCGGUGGUAUCGUUUGGCAGUAUCAUGUACACGAUAGAAUCCCUCCCUCAGCCUGCCUGCUACAAUGAAACGGCAGCAGAUUUCCAGACCAACAAAACUGCAGUUUUAAUAUCCUGUGAGAAGACCCAGUUUAGUUCUAUACUCAUAUCGUGUUGGUGGGCCGUUAUCACCGUCACCACAGUGGGAUAUGGUGACAUGAUACCUCUCUCAACCCUUGGAAAGUGCAUGGGAUCCUUCGCAGUGUUCUGUGGUCUGAUUAUAAUAGCACUGCCAGCUACCAUCAUUGUUACUAGAUUCUCUGAAGAAUACGAGAGAUCGAAAAUGCAGAAUGAGAUGAGUCCCUUUUCUUCUGUGGCCAUGUGAAUUUUUACAGCAGAGAUAAGUCCGCUCUUAUUUGUGGCUUUGAGAAUUGUUGCCAUGGCAACAAGAUGGUUAAAGCAGAAAUUUGAUUUACAGAAAUAAAGUGGUCGACAAAAAGUUGUGUGGUUAAAACUGUAAGAAAUUCACCAGUACCAUAUUGUUCUUCUGAGUUUUUACUUGUUGUAAGCUGCAUGCAGUGAACAAAACUGCAAAUGAAGUUUGCGUCAUCAACUAAUUAAGUGGAAAUUAGGAACAGUAUUUUGUAACCCAAUUACAAAUCACGACGAUUUUUUAAAGUGGAGAUGUAUGUCAAUAUAACUGAUCGGUUUUACAUACACACAAUCCAUUAUUGCGUCAGUUUUUCAUUGUAAUUUUGUAAAGCCCAGAAAUGCAGUAUAAAAUGGGAAUGUAUUUAGCAAAUUGAUUGAUCGGCAUUAACGCCUUAAAAUCUUUAAAUAUGAUAAAUUUAGAA